AUGAUCCAUUGGCUCACGAAGAGAAUUGAUGGUGAGGAGGAACGAAUUUGCGCUUUCGUGCAGGAUCCCGGUUGGGUUCAAACGGAUAUGGGGAACUUUGGAGCUCGAUCGUUGGGUUUGGGCGAAGCGCCGCUAGGCGUCGAAGAGUCCGUGACAGGGAUGAAGAAGGUCUUUGAUGCUGCAAGGAAGGAGAGUCAUGAGCAAGGCAAGUCCCGUUGGUCCAAGGCAAGAGAGCAUACCAUGGUCGACGGCAUCGGGGCACGAUACUUGGAAAUCAUCCGCCAUCUUGCUCUUCACGUCAAGCGAUAG